AUGAUCUUCACCUUCAAAAAUUUGAAUAUCCCUAUCUCCGCAGCCAAAACCCAGGGGCCUUCCCAAAUUCUUCAGUUGAUGGGUAUCAUACUAGAUUCUGGGAAAAUGGAGGCAAGGCUACCCGAGGAUAAGGUGGAGAGGAUCAAAUCCGCUCUCUCCACUUUCCAAUCUCAGCGGUCAACAACACUGCAAGAACUUAAAUCACUGAUAGGUACGCUCAAUUUUGCUUGCAAGGUAAUCCCCCCAGGGCGACCCUUCCUACAACGAAUAAUUCACCUUACCAGGGGGGUUAAAAAACCCCACCAUCAUAUAAAGCUUACCACAGGCUUUUACAAAGAUAUUGAAAUGUGGAAGAUGUUUAUCGACCAGUGGAAUGGAAUAGGACUAUUCCUUUCUCCUCUAUGGGAAACCUCUGACACCCUCUCCUUGUUUACCGAUGCCUCUGGCUCCCUGGGUUAUGGGGGAAUUUUCCCAAAAAGGCGGUUUCAGGGAAAGUGGCUGCCAUGUCAACAACUACGCCAGCGAGGCAUCAGCAUUAUUUGGCAAGAACUAUAUGCAAUUAAUGUUGCAUGCCAUUUGUGGGGGGCCCAUUGGACAUCCAAGCGCAUCCACUUUUAUUGUGACAGUCAGGGUGUAGUAGAGGUCAUCAAUUCCUGUAGAUCCAAAGUUCCCUGGGUGAUGGACUUAGUAAGGGACCUUACACUUCGCACCCUGCAGCAUAAUUUUUAUUUUCGCGCAGUGCAUGUCCCUGGGAUCAAUAACAACAUUGCGGACUCCCUUUCUCGUUUCCAGAUGGAACGCUUCCACCAGCUAGCACCCCAAGCCAACGCAACACCCGACCCCAUCCCAGCCUAUCUGUACAAGCUCUAGCAAAGGAAGCUGAGCGUUAUCUGGGGAUGUCCCUUACCCCGAGCACCAAAAAGACAUAUGGUUCUGGUAUGCGGCAAUUUUUCACUUUCUGUUCACAAAUGUACGUCAAUCCGCAACUCCCCAUUACCGAGGAUAUUUUAAUCAAUUUCUCAGUCGCAAUGGCUCGUUCUGUGCAAUACACCGCUAUCAAGAACUAUUUGUCAGCAGUCAAAAAUGACCAUUCCAGCCACGGCUAUGAGCUUCACUUAUCUAAUUUCCUUCAUCUCCGGCUUAUUCUUCGAGGCAUUACGUGUUCACAGGGACACCAGUCCAAAGUACGCAGACCAAUAACUUUACAACUGUUGAACUUAUUUUACCAUCUCCUCAAUGUGCAGCGUACCGACAAAAGCGAGUCAUUAAUGCUCUGGGCAGCAAUGACACCUGCAUUUUUUGGCUUCCUGCGAAUAGGUGAACUCACUUGCAUUUCAACUUUUGAUCCAAAGCUCCAUCUCAUGAACAGAGACAUAACUUUUAUGCCAAGGAAUUCACCCCAGUACAUGCUAGUGCGCUUAAAGGUGUCCAAAACAGACCCUUUUAGACAGGGACAAACCAUCGUCAUAGGAAAGACAAAUUCACCCUUGUGCCCUGUCUCCGCAAUUGUGGCAUACCUGAACUCCAGGCCCUUGUCUUCAGACUCUGCACCCCUUUUCACCUAUGUAUCUGGUGGGCUCUUAACCCAGGAGAAACUAAUAAGGGAAACAAGGCUCCUAAUCAGCAAGGGGGGUCUGGAUUCAAGGGAAUUUGCAGGGCAGAGUUUCCGAAUAGGUGCGAAAGCUGCCUCAGCAAACUUACCUCUAUGGCUCAUUAAGGUUCUGGGUCGUUGGUCAUCUGACUGCUUUGAGAGGUACAUAAAAACUCCACCCUCUGUUCUGGCACAGAUCCCACAAAAGCUCGUUAGCCUAUUAUAA